AGUACAAUCGAAGGCUCCGCUUUCCGCACGCCGACUAUGAUCAUAUCUCACUGGGCUACAUAAAAGUACGUCGACGGACGAGAAUCUCUUGUUCACCAGUCCUGUACAAAAAUCUGCUCCGACAGGGAUCCACUGCACAAGCGACGAGUUUAGACAAUCUCUACUUUACCUGCUCUCGGCUGAGAUGGCUUCGUCAAAUACAAUCAUCGUUGGAAGCGGCAUCAUAGGCUUGUCAACGGCGUACUACCUCUCCAAGUCACCCAGCACACAAGCGCAAAGCAUUCAUCUCGUCGACUCGUCGCAGGAGUUAUUUCAGUGCGCGUCGGGUCUUGCAGGAGGGUUCUUGGCCGCAGACUGGUUCGCGCCCGCUGCCUCUGCGCUGGGAGCGCUGUCGUUUAAGCUGCACCGAGAGCUGGCAGAGAAACAUGACGGACGAGAGAAGUGGGGUUAUUCUCCCAGCGUUUCGGUGUCGUACGCGAUAUCCAGGAGCAACAAAGUCAAGACUGUCCGGAGUCCGAAUUGGGUCGUAGACCAUGCGUCGUGCGCGACCGCAGCAGGCUGUCCUGAACCUGGCGAUGGAGAAGGUCCGACGUGGCUGACUCGCUACGAAGGGGACGACCUCGAAAGGCUGAGCAAAGGUACCACGACUGCUCAGAUAGAUCCAAAGAAGCUGUGUGAGUGGCUGUUGGACCAGUGCGUUCGGAGAGGUGUGCAGCUACACCAGCCAGCAAGCGUUCUCAGCGUCAGCAAGGACGCGAGGGACGAGCUGGCAGGCGUACGCAUCCUGAGCGCGAAAGACGGGACGGAAACGGACAUUCCAUGUUCGAGGAUCGUCGUCACCGCGGGGCCGUGGACGCCCAGCGUGUUCCGCACUCUGUUCCCACGCUCCAACACGGUGCUUCCCAUCACGCCUCUGGCCGGCCACUCGCUGCUUCUGCGCUCUCCACGCUGGACGAGCGGCGAGGCGGACGCCCACGCCGUGUUCUGCACCGACUCGCCCGGAUUCCAACCGGAGUUCUUCUCGCGCACCUGCGGAGAGAUCUGGUUUGGCGGAUUGAACAACAGUGCUAUUCCCUUGCCUCCGAGUGCUGACAAAGCCCAGCCGGAUCCAGACGCAGUAAAGCAGCUUGUGCAUAUGGCGAAACAACUGCUUGGUGUGCCGGGGAAGGACGACUUGCAAGUGGUAAGGGAGGCGUUGUGCUUCAGACCCGUUACGCCAAGCGGACUGCCCAUCGUCAGCCGGGUUCCGGACGAGACGCUGGGCGACGGGCUGAAGACCAGAGGUGGUGGCCAAGGCGGCGUGUUCGUCUCUGCUGGUCACGGUCCAUGGGGCAUAGCCCUCUCUCUGGGGACGGGGAAGAUACUCUCCGAAUUGGUCGAAGGGUUUGAGCCGUCGUGUAAAAUCGAUCAGCUGGUCUUGUAGACAUUGCGACAAAAGGGUGCUUUACUUGUUUAGUCUUUUACGCUUCUACACACAAAGCGGGUAUCUGUGCCUAUCUCAUACACUUCCAGAUGUCCCGACAUGACCAGCAUCCCGAACCCAGAUCUAAGCAGAAAACAAAAUUUCAUGACCAAUACCAUCG